CGUCAUCAUUCGGCGCCGAGAGGACGGCUUGGCGUGUGCGGACCGGUGCCGCUUUCGGCUUUUCUCUGCCGGGCUGGCGGUGGUGCUCUUCGUGGUGAGAGAGCAUGGAUUCACAGAAGGACGUUCAGCCUCCAAAGCAGCAGCCAAUGAUUUACAUUUGUGGAGAAUGUCAUACGGAAAAUGAAAUAAAGGCAAGAGAUCCAAUCAGAUGCCGAGAAUGUGGGUACAGAAUAAUGUACAAGAAAAGAACAAAAAGAUUGGUGGUUUUUGAUGCCCGGUGAUUUGACCUGAAGAUACAUUAAUUUUAUACUUCAGUAUUUCUGGCAACUUUGCUCUGUAAAUCCAUUGGUGUAUAAAUGCAUAAUUUUGUGGUUUAAGAUAUUGAAAUAUUAAACUUUACUGUAUUACUUGUCAUACCAUCACAAUUCUAUCUAUACUACUUUUAGAAGCGGAUUUGUUACUUAAAUUUUAAUCUGUUAAAUUCAUUAGUAUUGUAUUCAUUUUUGAGUUAAGUGCUAACCUUGUUUUCACAACUCUUGCCUAAACCUUACUUGUGUUUUAACUCUUUUCAAUGUUUUUUUGGACUCCUGUGAACUACAUAAAAUCUUGGUUUGAAUAAAUCCCAGUGAAGAUAUAUUGAAGGCAACACAAAAUCAGGUCUGAAAUUUGGAUUUGAACUCGACAGGACCCAAAUCAGGAUAAAAAUUAUAUGCAUAAA